AUGCGAAAAGCACCGUUCAGCAAAAACUUUCCGUCUUUGGACCGCAGGCGAGUGGGUCGUGCUGUGAGGCCCGUAGAUUCAUUGGUUUCUUCAGAUAUAGAGGUUCUUGAACGCAAACGAGACGACAACAAAUCCACAAAAAAUGCCACUCAAAGUGAAACCCACAAGAUUAUAGACCAUCCAUUGAAGCAGCAUGACUUGAAACGUACAAAUCAGUACGAGAGAACGAUUAAUCCGGAGGAAUAUGCCAUAAAAAUCAAAAUUAAAGCAGUUUAUCACGACGGUAAAUCAUUGAAAGAUGAUGAAGCGCUACUGUUUCGUGUCUCUUCUGACAAUUCCAAGGUGUUUGUAACCCAUAAUGACAGUAUAGUCGACAGUACAGUGUUCAGCAGACAUGGAAUCAAAGCUAUAACGUUUGGAAAUUCUCAUAAAAGCAUCUUGAUCGAGAUCCACGAGUCGAGUUAUAUCUUCAUAAAGCAUCUGAAUAACGACACUUACUUGCAUGAUUAUUUCAGCGGCACUGCCUUGUGGAAAUUUAAAGGCCGGAUCGCCGACGAACACCUAAUCGAUACAAUGGCACAAUUGGAUUCACAGCGAAAGCGAGCCAACGGAUCCAAUGAAACUUCAGAAACUGAAAACGUCUCCAGGAACACGGAAUUCUCUCCUGUAGCUCCACUGUCAGCGUAUGGUAUACCGUUGAGAAGAUCUACUCGAGAAAGACGUCCGCCUUCUGGCAACAAGAUGUAUGUCCUGGAACCAAUUGAAGAAACAGAAACUCCCGCCAAAUUUAGCCCUCCACUCAGUUACAAGUUUCACGAUAACAAGGUGUUCACAGUGACCCAAAAUGAUUUCAAAACUCUCUACAAUAACGACUGGAUAAAUGAUACAGUGAUUGACUUUUUCAUAAAGUAUGACAUUGACAAAGCAGUCCACAAGCUCAACAAGUUUAAGGUCAACGAGAUCUAUGCAUUCAAUUCAUUCUUCUUCACAAAACUAAUCUCAAGCGAGGAGUAUUACGCCAAUGUGAAAAGGUGGCUUAACAAAAUUGAUCUUAUGCUGUUCCCAUAUAUUUUAAUACCAAUCAAUGAGAAUCUUCAUUGGUAUGGAUGCAUCAUUCGUGGUCUUCCCGAAUUGUUGGAACGAAAGAAGAACGAGAUCGACUUGACAAACGAAGCAGAAACCGAAGUCGCUGAAACCGAAGUCACUGAAACCACCGAAGUCACUGAGACUCCCUCCUCACCCAAUUCUCAAGAUAUCCUUGAAGUACCCAAUCCACAGGGUCGCAAACGAGCGGAAGUCUUCAUUUUCGAUUCCCUCAGCCAGCGUCAUAAUAACAUCCACAUCCCACUCAAACUGUUCAUCAUUGAUUACUGCAUGGAUAAGCAUAAUAUAGCUAUUCGAAAAGAUGAAAUCAGAAUCCAACAUGCCAGAGUUCCUCGUCAGAACAACUUUAAUGAUUGCGGAAUUCACGUCAUAUACAACAUUAGAAAGUGGCUUGGUCACAGCACGGAAAUCGAGAAGGUUUGGCGCAAUUACCAGCGGGCAGCUUACCGCAGUUACUUUGUGGCAGAAGAGAGAAAUAAAAUGCGCCGUGAAUUGAUCGAUUUACUAUUGAAAUUACACGAAGAACAAGUCCAUGUGGAUCAGGGAACUCACGAAUCAGAUGACGAAAUAGAAGUAAUUGAAGAGCUGCUGCGAAGUACAUCUCAGGAAGCAAGUUCAAAAGAGACAGAGAAAGAAACAAAAACCAACCCAAUAGAGCCAAAAGAAAGUGGAUCGACAAAACCCAACUUGUAUUCAUCUAAAGAAAAGACAAUCUCGGAUAUCAUGAAAUCUUUCGGACAGAAGCCUGAGAACGAAAGUCCUGAAUCAACCACUUUGGAUCCAAGACAGAUCAAAAAUCCUUUCAUCAACUAUCAAAUACGAGAGAUCUUUGCAGGGUUGUUGAUAGUACCACUGAUAUACGAGAUGAUCAACAAGUUAUUUCCAGACGCACAAGAAAAGGUAUCAACCCAAGAUUUGGAGAAGUUACAGAGAUUGGCUACCAGCAUUUCUUCUUUCGACCGUCAAUCAGAGAAGAAUACUAAAGAUGUAUUAUCGCAUUGGCAAACACAACUCAGUCAAAAGCUGGAGCAAAGGCGUCCCAAGGACGAGUCUUUUGUUAUACGAGAUGAAAACGACGACAAAUUGAACCGAAGUGUUCAUGAUUUGAGCAUCAAAGGCAGUUCUGACGACCUGCUUAGCGAGGUUCUGUUUCAGGCAGAUUCUUCUACACCAAGCAAAACCUACGGGGACAAAAGCAGAAACGCAACCAAGCGAAGAAGACUCAACUCAUAG